AUGGAAGUGAAAAAAAUAAGCUCCACCAUCCUAAAGGUCCCCAUCUCUCACCCCUACGAACUCCCCCUCACCAUCUUCGAUCGUUUUGCCGACAAUAUCCACAUCCCCGUCCUCUACGUCUUCACUCCUACCACCUCCUCCAAUGCAGAUAUCAUCUCCGCCCUCUCCAAGACCCUCUUCCACUUCCCAACUCUCACCGCCAACCUCUCCACCAACUCCCAUGGCCGCCCUUGUCUCACUGUUGGAGACCCCCAGGGAGGCGCACUCCUAGUUGAAGCCACCGUCUCAUCCAAACUAGAAGAUCACCUACCUUUCACUCCCUCGCCGGACUUCACACUCCUCCAUCCUGAAGACGAAAACGCAAAGCACUCACUACAAGUGCAGUUAAACCGGUUCCAGUGCGGUGGGCUGGUCAUCGGCGUCACUAACCACCACCGUGUCGCUGACGGCCAGUCCAUGGGCUCCUUUUUUGUAACAUGGGGGAAGAUGGUACGUGGUAUCCACAAUGAUCCACUUCCAGCUGUCUAUGAUCAAUCCUGGCUCAAACCUAGGCAUCCUCCUCUGGUGCAAUUUGAUCACUGGGGAACUGAUUUCAUGCCUCUUUCUUCUCAACCAAAAGAGUGUUGUUUAUUCAAUCCGAUCGUUGUUGAUCCUAGUGAGAUCACCAACAUGUUGUUGCAUUUCUCUCCAGAGUUCAUCAUGAAGCUCAAAGCUCAGACUGGUAAAUUGACUACUGAGAAACACACCACGUUUGAGACACUGUUAGGGUAUCUGUGGAGGAAGGUGACUAUAGCUCGGCAGUUGGAUGACAAGGAGUGUACAAUGCUGAGGAUAUCAGUGAAUGGAAGGAGUCGGUUAUGGCCUCCGGUGCCGCUGGAGUUUUUCGGUAAUUUGGUUCUCAAUGCAUAUCCAAAAGCCAACUCAAAAGAAUUAAUUGAAGGAGGGGUGGCGACAGCCGCUGAGAUAAUUCGCAAAGGACUGCGAUUCAUAGGAGAGGAUUAUUUCCGGUCGUUUAUCGACCUUGGUGAGGUUUAUGGAGAUAGAGAUCUUGUGCCUUGCUAUGAUAAGGAUACAAAUUUACUUUCACCAAUUUUGGAGGUUAAUAGCUGGUUAGGGUUUGGGUUUGAUGAGGUUGAUUUUGGUGGAAGUGGGACUUUCCGGGGUUUUUUACCCACGUGGGAGCCUUUAGAAGGGCUGUUGGUUUUAAUUCCAGCUGCUUCUGGGGAUGGUGGUGUUGAUGUUUUCCUUUCUUUGCUUGAAAAGCAUGCAGUGGUUCUGAGAGAGAUAUCUCACACCUUGGAUUAG